AUGCUUCCGGCCGGGAAGGGCAAAGGAAAGGGUAAACCGACCGCUGCCGGGUCUGAGAUCGAUGUUCCGCCGGCGGUCUACGAUAACCUGAUUGCCACGUACAUUGCGAGCGCGAGCAAUCUAGCCUCUGGAUCUGCAGCUGGCGGUGGUGGCGGCGGUGCAGCGGCAGAUGCUGCGGUGGGAAGUCGCUCGACGUCGCCUGAGCUGUCUGCGUUGGGUGGGUCGGGGAACGGGGCGGCGAUUCCACCGCUGGCGUCGUUGACGGCGUUGCAUGCGGACCUUAAGAUUUUGGUCGGUAAGGCGCAGGCGAGGAUAACGAGGUCCCAGACGGCGCUGCGCAAGCUGGAAGCUAGACGGACAAAGCUGGCGUCGAAGAUACAGGUUGUUGAGAGUGCUAGUAAAGCAGCAGAGAGAACUGGCAGCGAGGAACCACUGCCGAAGCGAAAGAGCAUGCAUGAGGCCUCUGUCAAAAUUGAAGACUCCGAGCCAGAAAGACAACGAAGACGACUGAGCUCAACAGAACCGCCGUCGACGGCAGCCGCGACCGCGACAAACUCUCCCACAAGAUCACCUUCGAAAGCUCUCACGUCCGGCAAGCGUCCUCCAGAGACAUCACCUCCUCCCCCGAAUUCUAUCGCACAAUCUUCAGUUGCUGCGUCUGUCUCCGCAACGGCGGCGGAGUCGCUGGCAGCGACGGCUACGAGUUCUUCGGUUUCAGUUGAUGGGCUUGGGGCGAAGGUUGAUGAAGACGGUGGGUCGAGAGCUGCAAAGUCAACAGAGUCGAAUGUUCAGUCGACGGUAGACACGAGAGAAAAGAACCCGGGGUCGGAGUAUGUGUCUGUGCAGACGAUUCCUACUGCUGCACUGGCGUUCAUGAACGACACCUACGACGACCAAAUCCCGUCGUCCGGCACCGAAGAUUUGAAGAAGAAAUACGGCGUGGCGUCGUAUCCUACAAAAGAUCUCUCGAGCUUGCUUCCCGGUGACAUCCCCGAUGAGGAUUUCUCAAAGGCCAAACCGGCGAAUCAAGUCCAGGCUACAACUUUCCAGGCUUACAUCGAGCCCUACUUCAAGCCCUACACAGAAGAGGAUCUCUCGUUCCUGUCUGAGAAGCAGGAUAACCUGACGCCAUAUCUCAUCCCCCACCUCGGUCCGUACUACCAAGAUGUGUGGGCGGAAGAAGACGGUGGGACGGGAAACUACUCCCCCGCGCCGCGAGAUUCAUCAGGCGGAGCGGCGGGCAAGUUCCACGAUCCCGCAGCACGGCUGAUGUCCUGCGGCAGCUCUGAGCAGCUAUCGGAGGAUUUCCUAGAGACUGAGGAUAUUUCCUGCGGACCGCUGGCGAGCCGGAUACUCUCGGCACUGCUCAAGGACGAGUCUGACGAUCUGCCGAUUCCAAACACGACAACGAUAAACGGCAACGCAAAUACCGUGCUCGGAGUCCCGCCUACGUCUGCUUCUACGGCUGCCAACGGCGACGAUGAAAAUAGCAGUGCGGUGCCGGCGUCGGCUGCGGCGGUUGCGGCGGCAAUGGCGGAGGGCGCGCAGGUUCUGUCGUCGUCGUCUGCGUUUGCCGAACAGCAAGGCUGGCGCGUGUCCUCCGUCAAAGCGGACUAUCAAACCCUUGAAGAGCGACUUAAGCGCGAAUUCAGAUACGUCGGCAUCCUCGGCGACAACGACGACCAGCAGCAGCAGCAGGCUUUACUUACCGGCCCCACGGGUGCGGGAAAAGGCGCUGGCGGCGGCGCAGGCGGGAGUCAGUUGGUGCCCGAGUGGGCUACGCGGGAAGACGACGAGAUAUGCGCGGAGCUACGGAAGCUGCAGCGGCAGCUGCGGGGCGUUUCGGUCGUGAACGCGAAGCGGAAACGGGUGCUGGAGAAGAUUGUGCUGGAGCAGAUGGCGUAUCAGGAGUACACGCAGAUUCUGGAGGACCUCGAUAAGCAGGUUGAUCAGGCGUACAUCAAGCGCACGCGCACGAUCCGAAACAAAAAGAAGAAAUCGUCGUCUUCGUCGUCGAACCCAGCAAACUCCUCAUCCUCAGCCGCGAACGCGUCCACGCCCGCCACAAACGGCGCAGCGCCGAACGGAGUUAAUACGGCGGGCGUGCCGGUCAGACCUGGUAGCGAGCUCGGCGAGGGGAUUCGUGCGUUGUUGGAGAAACGCCGGCGGUGGAUCGAAAAGAUCGGGCCGGUGUUUCCGCCGCCGGAGAUUAUGAAGCGGGUGCCGAGUAAGUCUGUGUUUGCUGAUCUUGAUCGCGAGGAACGGGAGGCUGCUGAAGCUGAAGCUGCUGCUGCGGCUGCUGCCGCCGCCGCCGCUGCCGCUGCUGAAAAAGCAGCAGCAGAGAAAGCGGGCGACAACGCCGGCGAUGCGAACGACACCACGGAGGGGAAGACCAACACGGACGCACCAGAUGCAGAGGGCACGGUUGACGGAGUGAAGAAUGAGGUGACGGGUGAUUCGGUAGAUGUGAAGAUGGAGGAUGCGCCGGCUGAGCAGGCUGUUUCGGCGUGA